AUGAUGAUGUAAGAGGGGAGGGAGGGAUUGGCCCCAUAGCGCUCAGCAUGAACGCUCCGGUGCAAAAGGAUGUGUGAGCAAGCAGCGCGCUACUGCAGGGACGGUGUCCACAAACUGCUCCAAAAAGAACAACCGAAACUCCGGGCUCAGGACAGCAAAGAGCAACCAAAACCCGUGGACCAGGACAGCGAGUCAGCAACGGCUGCACAGUCCGGAAACAGCGGCGCCCAGCCCGGUGCAAUUGACGGGCUCGUCCGCUGGAUAGUCACCAAGAUGAGCGACAACAAAAGCAUCUCUACCCGGGAAUACACGAAGGAGGAGGCGUCGGUUGCCCAAGAGCAGUUCUUCGCACCAGAGCCACGGAAAGGCAUCUCUGUUAUAUUGGAUAUUUUCCGGAGAGCUGAUAAGGAUGAUGAUGGGAAGCUGUCUCUGGAUGAGUUCCAGGCGUUCUUCUCCGACGGAACGCUGAAUGAGGAGGAGCUGGAGAAUCUGUUUCACUCCAUUGACUCAGAUAACACAAGUAAUGUUGACACUAAGGAACUCUGUGACUACUUUGUCAAACACAUGGGUGACUAUGAGGGUGUACUGGCCUCCCUGGAGACUCUCAACCUGUCCAUCCUCAGAGCCAUGGACUUCACCAAGAAGGUGUACGAGCGAGGGACCAACGUGGAGCAAUUUGUUACUCGCUUCCUGUUGAAGGAAUCAGCUAAUCAGAUCCAGUCUCUGCUAAACUCGGUGGAAAGUGCUGUGGAUGCUAUUGACGAGCAGCAUUGUAGCCAAUCAGGGUAUCCCACUAAGGUCAGUCCACGGGUUCCAGAGAAACGUUAUGAAAAACCAGUGCCUGACUACCCUCCUAACAACAGAGUCCGUACUGCCAAGGAUGUUGCCCCGAGGAACACCAACACUGCUACAGGGGUGGUGGAGGUUAGGAAAGAGACUCUGGAGGCACAGAUCAACCGACUGGCUGAGCUGAUUGGACGCCUUGAGAACAAGACAGUUUGGUUUGACCUGCAUCAGAGGCUAACAGACACUGAUGGCACAGCCAGCGCAUCCCUGUACCUGAUUCGUCAGGAGAUGGCGGUAUCCCAGAAGCAGCUGGGAGAGUUCUGCGAGGCCCUGAAGCAGUACCUGAAGAAUGUCUCUGCCCAAAGAGACUGCUUCCAUGUGACUGCAGUGCGGCUGCCAGAUGGACUCUCCUUCGUGGUGUAUGAGUUCUGGGAUGGAGAGGAGGAGUGGAAAAAACACCUCCAGACUGCGUCCUCCAAGGCCUUUCAACAUGUUAAAGUGGACACUCUGUGCCAGCCUGAGGCUGUGUCCACUGUUGCUGUGCCAGCCGCCUGGUGCAGCCUGAGCAGAGACUGACAGGGGUGGGGCCAGAUUGCCUGAGUCUGCAACACCCCCCAUCCUUAGCUCCCCCGUAACCUCCCUCACCCGCUCUCUCUCACCCUCACAACCCCUCUCUUUCUCUCUUUUGUAAGUACAUGUUUACACAGUGUCUGUUUGAUAUUGAGGCAAAAUGGAAUGCGUCAAUUGCAGUGAAUAUUGAACAGUGCAUUAAAGCGAGAUUACCUCCA